AUGGCAAACUCCAACGUCCCGCUAAACCCUACCUUCGUGGGUCACGUCGCGUCUACUCUGGAUGCUCUGGUCCUCUUCGAAGCUUGUCUCAGCGGUGCCCUACUACACGUUCCCAGACGGCCGCAUGACCGGGAAAGACAGGACCUGAUCAAAAGUGGAAAUGUCUUCAUCUACGAGGAACACUCUUCGGGUAUCAAGCGCUGGACUGAUGGCGUUGCCUGGAGUCCAAGUCGCAUUCUGGGAAAUUUCUUGAUUUACCGAGAGCUUGACAGGCCAUUCCCACCCGGCGAGAAGAAGCGCGCCAUGAAACGAAACAAGAAGACGACUGGUGUUACCAAGCCGAGUGAUGUUACAUCACGGCAGGGAAGUGUCAACGGUGCCGGCGCCAACAUGGGAGGCAUGGGCGAUGGGUCUGCCACCAGCAAGGACGCCGAGAGGGCCCUUAUAGGCUCCCUGGUCGACUCCUACCCAUUCAAGGAAAAUGGCCUCGUCAAGAAAACCAUCAGUGUCACCUACCAGGGCGUUCCGCACCACCUAGUCUCCUACUACAACGUGGAGGAUGUCACCGAAGGCAAGCUUCUGACACCUUCAAAAGACCACCAAUUAUCAACUAUAAUCCCAAGAGGCGAGCUUAUCAUGUCGCAAAACUUCAGAGCUCCAAUUGACGAGGUGGAGAUGGACGACCAACGAGGACCCCAUGGCGGCCUCUUCGCCCACAGCUACCCAGUGAAUGGCCACCAACAGGCUAUGUCACGCGCCAUGUCAGUGCCUUCUCUCCAUCACAUGGGCGGUAUAGGUGGCCCCCAUUUUGGGCAACCGUCCUAUAUGCCCUCAUACAUGAGCACCGUGCCUGGCUCCGUCAGCAGUGUUGGCUAUGGGCAGCCGCAGCACCAUGGCUACAGUUAUGACAGUCUCGGACGCGCGAGUAGAUAUGCCUCGAGUGCCAGUCUAGCACCCGACUUAUCUCGAAACUUGGCUUUAGAGCCCCAGCAUCAUCCCCGGCGCCAUUCAGCGGCGUACGAGCCCACAUCCGGUGCCGACAUGAGCCUCGCCGGCAGCCUACCUGCAGUUCCGGAUCCCACAAGGUCGAUGGGAGGCAAUUAUAUGACGUCGAUGCUCUACUCGCAGCAGCGAGUUCCUGAUAUGUCACCCCACGAGGCAUUCCCGACACAAUCUCCACGAAACGUCCAUACCGAUUCUGGCCUAGGCGGCGACAGGACUGCACAGGGAAUUCCAUUCGAUGGGCUCACCCGAGAUUGGAAUACCACGUUUGACCAGUUGGAAGACGAUCAGGGUCAAUACAUGUCUCAGGGAAAUUCGACAUGGCCCAGCGGGAGCAACACUAUGAGUAGGACCUGA